AUGGCGAGUGUCGGUCGUCUGUUCUGCGCUGCCUGGACCAAGUGCAGGGUACCGGAGAUCCGCGUGCCCUGCGCGGGUUAUCACAAGAAGGUAGCGGGCACUGAGAUAGUCUGAGUGUGCAGUAUGGUGGGAGCGUGGCUGUGUGUGAGUGCUGGACCCGGGCUGAGCAAGUCAAACUACACGGGUCAGUCAGGCUGGCCAAAAGGCCGAGAGCCAGCUGGGAUUUAGAAGUACUACAACUCCCAUGAUGCUUUGUCGGCCUUAUUGCUGGUGGAGAAUCAUGGGAGUGGUAGUUCCAAACAAGAUAGGCUCUGCCGUUUGGCUGUUUAAGGACUAGGAGAGCUGAGGUGAGGGCUGACUGCCCAGUGGCUGCCCCAUGGUGGCUUAGGCAGAUGGCUGGUGCUAUUCCUAAACCGUCUAUCUAAAACAAGGGAAUAAAAGUGGAAACAUUAUCAUGAGAGUCAAUGGGACUUUUACUGUUUGAUAUAUUUCUAUAAUUUACCUUCAGAACUGAUCGAUAUGCAAGUUCUCAGCUUUCAUGGAGCAUUGUAUAUUUUACACUGCGUAUGCAGCUUUCAACGAUUUCUGUGAAGACCGUGUUUAUAAACCUAUAUUAAUAUAUUACAUGGCCUCAUUGUGUUUGGUGUAGUGGAUAGGUUGUGUGUGUGUGUGAGUAGAGAUAUAUAUAUAUAUAUAUAUAUAUAUAUAUCUACAUACUCACACACAGCAAUAAUAUUAAAACUGGUGAAGUGAAUAACAUUUGCUUAUAUCUUUACAAGAGGUGAUAUAUAUUAUUCAGCAAGUGAACAGUCAGAAAAAAUCGGCAAGCGCAAGGACCUGAGUAACUUUGACAAAAAGUGUUGCAAGGAAGGACAACAAGUGAACUGGCGUCGGGGUCAUGAGCGCCCAGGUUCAUUGAUGCAUGUGGAGUGUGAAGGCUUGCCCGUCUGGUCCUAGCUACUGUAGCACAAAUUGCUGAAAAACCUAAUGCUGUUCAUGAUAGAAAGGUGUCAGGGCAGACAAUGUAUUGAAGUUUUCUGCAUAUGCCGAUGUGUAGCCACAGAUCAGUCAGAGUGCCCUUGAUGACCCCUGUCCACCACCAAAAUCGCUUUUAAUGAGGAUGUGAGCAUCAGAAUUGGACCAUGGAGCAAUGGUGGAAGGUUGCCUGGUCUUAUGAAUCAUGUUUUUCUUUUAGAUCAGGUAGAUGGCCAGGUGUGUGUGUGUGCUCAAUUUACCUGGGGAAGAGAUGGCAGCAGAAUGCUCUAUGUGAAGAAGGCAGGCCAGUGAAGGCAGUGUUAUGCCCUGGACAAUGUUCUGCUGGUGAAGCUUGGGUCCUGGCAUUCAUGUGGAUGUUACUUUGAUACAUAGCAGCUACCUAGAGAUUAUUGUAUACCAUAUAAUAGACCACCUUAUGGCAGUGGCAUCUUUCAGAGGCAAUAUGCACCCUGCGAAAAUUGCUCAAGAAAAAGAAUUCAGGGUGUUGACUUGGCCUUCAAAUUCUCCAGUUCCAUAUCCAUUCGAACUCGCAACUUGGAUCUGUUGCUAUUGUUUUUGGGCCAGAUACAGAAUAUGUUCAGUGGUCUUGUGAAGUCAAUUCCUUGACGCAUCCGAGCUGGUUUGGCAGCACAAGGGGGUCUAAACAAUAUUAGGCAGGUGGUUUUAAAGUUGUGGCUGAUCAACAACAAUGUAUAUGUCAUUUUUAUAUAUAAAUUUUAUUUGUAGGUGCAUCUCUCCUACCUCAUAAAUAGGUCAAAUGCUGCCAAACUCUGCAUUACUACUCUCAUUAGGUGUGUGCUUAGCCUGUUUGGUUUUAUUCUCUCCCCAAGUGAUACAUUUGUUAGUCUGUGUUAGAGGACAAUUUCUCAAGGUCAGUGCUGGACAGUUGCUUCUGCUAAUCAUUGCAUAAAUGUCUUGCAGGUAGUGGAUCACUAUGAAAAUCCAAGAAAUGUUGGAUCCCUUGACAAGAACUCUAAGAAUGUAGGAACUGGUUUGGUUGGUGCUCCUGCAUGUGGAGAUGUUAUGAAACUCCAAGUAAGUAGGUCAUGUGUAUACUUUUCUUUCAUAACAUGUUGACUCUUGCUUUUUCAGCCUUGAUUAAUUCCUGCAAUAUGGACUUGAAGAGUAGCAAAAACAUUUACCCUAUUGUAGAUUUUUAUUUUCUUUAUAAGACCAAGGUUUGUUUAGUACAUUUUCGAUGUUCACAAAUUGUAUUUCCAGGGGUUUAAAUUUCAGUGGUAUGCUAAUUGUCCACGGUCUCUUGAGCUGGUAAUGUCUUUAACAGUGAGUCUUGUACUGUUUUGUCUUGCAGAUAGAAGUUGAUGAGAGUGGGAAGAUUGUGGAAGCAAGAUUCAAGACCUUUGGAUGUGGCUCUGCUAUUGCAUCCAGCUCAUUAGCUACUGAAUGGGUGAAAGGAAAAACGGUAACUUAAAUUUAGGUUUAUAUAUUCUGCAGUUGGCUGGGCUAUCUGAUUUUUGCCAAUUGCCAUAAUAAAGGUUGCAGCAUGCAAUAAUGCUUAAGUAAACACUGUUUUCUGUAACUUAUUAUAUAUAAAGUGAAAUGCCACCUCCAUACAUCUAAGGGAAGCUCCAUGAAGGAGGUAAUCCACAUAUCAAUGUAUGGUAUCAAUAUUAACAAAACAAAAAAAGCAAAAAUAAAGUUAAUUUCCUUUUAAAGUAACUUUAGCUGCUGAAAACACCUAGGCAAACAGGUAGCAGCAGCAGGAAGACAGCCUAUCCUUGACCAAGAAAAGAGUCCAAGAGUCAAUAGUCUCUUAUCCAGACUUAUACCAUAUACCUGUGUCCACAGGGGGAUUAUGGGACAUGUAGUUCAAUUUAGAGCAACUGUUUGAUUCAUGCAACUUAAUGAGUGGAACUGUUGAAUAAGCUGAUAGCAGCUAUGUGCUUCUAACAGCUUUCAGACCUUUUCAGUUUGGUAAAAGGUACAGAGCACAGCAUCUUCCUGGCCCAUCAGACAGUUGCUCUGUCACUGGCACAGAGUGACCCAGGCAAGUGGGAGGAGCUUUAGACGGGAUUAGUAAUUGGAAUAAGGGUUACUGUGCCAUACACUAACUAAUAGAGUAAACAAAAAGAGGGGGGCAGAAUUGUAAUCUGUGAAUGCAACACAGGGUCUGUGCACCCCAACCACUACAGUAAGCGGAAGUGUGUGUGUGGUGCUUGGAGCAUUCCUUUAAUUAUUAAAACAUCCACAUUAGUAAUAAUCACUACAAACUUGUGUUGCUGCAUUUUCUCCAGUACCUCUGUAAAAGCACCACAUAUCAAAUAUCACCAUAAAGGUCUAGUAAAUGCAUUUCCUUAACUUGUAGUUCUGAGUAUGGAGAGAAGUGUAUAAUGGGUGGUGUAUGCACUUCAUCACACAUUUUUGCCUUGCAAAGUGUAUUUAAAAAAAAAAAAAAAGUGCAGCUUGCAGAUGAAGCCUUACUGCUUUGCUGAUCAGCAGUGGGCACAAUUGCACUUAGUCUGACACGAGUUCACAUAGAAUUUGGGAGGGUUGGUUUUUUGUUUUGUUUUUUGUUCAGGUGAAUGCUUAGUAAGGUUAUCUAGUUGCUAUGUUAUUAAAACCAUGUUUACUUAAAGGAACACUCGAGGCACCAAAACAACUUGAGCUCCAUGAAGCAUUUUUAGUGUAUAGAUCAUGCUACUGAAUUCUGACAUUUUGGUUCUGAACUAUACAAUAAAAAGCAGAUUGUCACUGCUGACCAGUGUAUAAGAGUAUAGUUCUCUAUUUAUAUGUGUCUAUGUAGUGCAUUGUUUUGAGAAUGUAAGAUUUCAUAUGGAAAAUGCUCAAAGUCUUCUGUGCUCUACAGGUUGAUGAGGCAAUGACAAUCAAGAACACAGACAUUGCCAAAGAACUGUGCCUUCCACCAGUGAAAUUGCACUGCUCCAGUAAGUAUUACUACAGAUUAGCUGUUGCAUUUGCUUGUUAGUCAUAUGAUUUUUUUUCUUUUACAUUUAUUUAGAUAUUAAAUUAAGCACCCUGAGGUGUUACUGGAGGUACUUUCAUAGGUUGGACACCUGACCUGAAAAGCUCUGGGUCUAAUUUUGUCACUGAUCCAUGGAGGGUCUGAAGUUAAUAAGUGUGGUUGGGGCCAUGCAAUUUCCCAUGCUUUGAUGCCCUUGUUUCUGUUUUUUGUUAUUCUGCUCAACAACGCCCUUGCAAGCUCCUGUAGCUACUGUGUAACCAUAACAUAGCAGUAAAAAAUAAUCCAUUUUCAUUGUUGAAUUAAUCAUUUGAGUAAAGACUGCUCAUAAGUGAACAUUCACAUAAUGAGCCCAACUGUGUUUGAAAUAAUGCUAUUACAGUGCCUAAUGCUAACCCAGUAAAGACUAAGCCUUUUUUGAAAUGUGACCGUUUGGUGAAAAAAGCCUUUUUGACACUUUUGCCAUGUGUACAUUCCACCACAAUAGAAACAUUUAUUUUUAAAAGUUCAACCAUACAUAUUAUAUAUAAUAUUUUUAAAGGAGAUAUGGCUUUCUUUUGAUUACUUAUUUACAUAAAUAACACAACCUUAACCCCUUAAGGACAGAGCUUCAGAAGCUUGUCUUUCACUUAAUGACAACAGCAUUUUUUGCUGUUUGCGUUCAACUACAAUUUGCAUUUUACAAAUUUAUUGCACCGACACAUAUUAUAUAUCGUUUUUUUAAAGGACAGAAAGGGCUUUAUUUGAUGUAACAUAUAUAUAUAUAUAUAUUACAGAAAAAUGCAAAAAAAAAUAAUUUUUGUUUUUUUACAGUUUUUGCAAUAAUGUGUGCAUAAUUAGUGCAGGUUAAGGAAAGUAAUUAAAAAUAAAUUCAUUUAGUUGUUCUGAUUUACAGAAUAUAUAAUGUGUCUGGGAUUUUCAGGGUUUUUUUUUUUUUUUUGUGGUUGUCACAGCAAUCACAUGGGAUGUUAUAUCUGGAUUUGAUGUUGCUGGUCUGCCUCUGACUUGGAGGCACCCAGCAACAGCGUUAACCCCGCGAUCGCCGGCUCCGGGGUUAAUUCUAACGCAUGACGUACGAGGUCCAUCACUCGUCAUUAACACUUUCCCCUGAGUGACGGACCUCGUCCGUCACUUGUCCUUAAGGGGUUAACUCCAUAGUCACCAAAACAACUUUAGCUUAAUGAAGCAGCUUUGGUGUAAAUAUCAUGCCUCUGAAGUUUCACUGCUCAAUUCACUGCCAUUUAGGAGUUAAAUUCAUUUUUUUGUUUCUGUUUAUGCAGCCCUAGCCACACCUCACCUUACGUGGCUGUGACUGACAGCCUCCAUGAAAACUAAAUGGGUUUUCAAUGAGAUGUAACUUACUGUAAAAAAAUUUUUUUAUCUCCAGUUCUGUAAAUUGAACUUAAACCACACACAGGAUGCUCCUGCAGGGUAUAGCAAGCUAUUAACUGAGCAGGAUAUAAGUAAUUUUAAAUUAAACAGUAUUUGUAAUAAAGUAAGUGUAGACAUUAGAUGACUCUUUACAGGAAUUGUUCAAGAAGGUUGUGCAAGUCACAUGCAGGGGGGCGUGACUAUGACUGCAUAAACAAAUGAUUUAACUCCUAAAUGGCAGUGAAUUGUGCAGUGAGACAGGUUUGUACUAGUAACACUAAAGGGUCAACUGAGCAUCUCCUGGGGGGGAAAAAAUUAUACGCUUUAUACAUGAUUUUUCAAUAUCAUAUUCAAUUGUGUAAAUUCCAAUAAAUAUGAAAAACACCUGUUGUCUCAAGCACACUUCACACAGCUAAUCAAGGGCUUCAUUAGUUGCUUGAGGAACAUUGAAAUACCUGAACUGGCUAGUGGUUUGAGUGUCAUGUUUGACUGCAUGUUUGAAAUAUGGCAAAAGAAUGGUCCACAAAGUUAAAAAGAGAUCACCCUUUACAAACAAGGAACAUGAUUCAAAGAGAUAGUGAAGGCACUGAAUGUUCCUAGAGACACCGUUGGAAGCAUAGUUAGCAAGUUCAAAGUUGAAGGAACAAUAGUUACACUACCUGGAUGGGGCAGAAAAAUUAAGCCAUCAAUGGCAGCAACCAAAUUUCUGAGAAGGCAGGUUCUAAAAAAAAAAAAAACCCUCUAGUGACUGCAAGAGACCUGAAGCAAGACUUGUUGGCAGCAAGCACUGAGGUUUCAGUGAGUACAAUAAGCCUUGUACUAAAGGAAAAAGGUUUCCAUGCCAGAACUCCAAGACGUACACCACUACUGUCCCAAAAGCACAAGAAAGGUCAGCUCCAUUAUGAUCAAAAUUGUAUAAAUAAGCCACAGAAGUUUUGGGAUUCUGUUCUGUGAAGCGAUAACACAAAACUAGAACUUUUCAGCCCAAUGCUUCAGCAGUAUGUUUGGAGGAAGAAAAAUGAAGCAUACACUGAAAAUAACACUCUGACUACAGUUAAACAUGGUGGGGGCUGAGUGAUUCUCUAGGGCUGCUUUGCAUCCUCUGGCACUGAAAACCUGCAGCUUGUGGAAGACAAGAUGGAUUCAUUGAAGUAUUAGGAAAUCUUAGAAGAAUUGGACCUUUCAACAAGACUAUAAUCCCUAACAUACCUCAAACUCCACCAAGGCUUGGUUGCAUGUCCUGAAAAAUUCCACAGUAGCCAUCACAGUCACCUGACUAACCCCAUAGAAAAUCUCUGGUGGUUGCAGCACACAAAACUAAGAAUAUUGCUGAACGGGAGGCAAUUGCUCAUGACAAUGGGCUAGGGUUUUUCAGGAAUGCUGCCAGAAGCUGGUGUCUGGCUAUGCAUCUCAUUUGCAGCCAGUCAUAACCGUAAACAGGUGCUCUACUAAGAACUAAAGAUGCCAUGAAGGGGUUCAAUAAUUAUGAGACUGGAGAAGUCUUUAUAAGUUGCAUUUUCAGUUGAAUUUGGGGAAACUACGUGAAUCGUUAAUUGUGAUGAGCUAUUUCAAUAGCUUUUGUUUAUUGCAAACAGCUGAAAGUCUAAUUUUGACAAUAAACCUAUGUUUUCAAUAAGUAUUGAAUAAUUUUGAUUAAAACUGUAUAUACCCUGGGUGUCUACUUUCUACAAAUAUAUAUAUUUUUGUGCAGCAAUUUUGGAUUCAGUGACUAUUAUAUUUUCAUCAUGUUAAAGCUAAACCUUUGCAAAUUUUAAAACGCUAAUCUGCUCUGCGUGCUAUCUGGCCUAUAACCUCCAAAAAAUAAUUACAAAUUUAAACUUCUUUGGGAUUUUCAAAUUUGUAAAUAUUUUAUUCAUACUUAAAUCUGCAGCAAACAAAUAGGAAGAUACUUGCUUACAAAGUAUCUGUAUUCUAAAUCAUCAAGCUUUGCAAUCUAUGCAAACCAGGUUUAAUAUGAAUAAAGGGAGGACCAGGCUUAUUUAAACAACAGCAUAUGCAAAUUGCUUUAGCUAAUUAAUAAAAUAAGGGGGGGGGGAGGGAGUUGCAGGACCAACCUAUAUGAAGAGCACAAGUGGUUUUAGUGGUUUUAUUUUAAUGAAGGCAUCAUCACUUGCAUAUUAGGUUGAUUAUAGAUGCCAUCUGCUAUAAAAGUACUUGAUGGAAUUCAGCUCUUCUUUGCCUAUGCUGAUAUUUAAUUCUUGGUUUAGCCUUCAUAAAUAUAAAUAGUAUAACAUUUGUUUUGACAUAUAUUUCUUUAACCAUGAAAUUCCAUGUAAUCAUUUAUGUUCCUGUUUGUAAUUAAAGAAUCACAUUUAUCAUGGUUGCAAUAUAUUUAUUUAAACCAUGUUCUUUUUUUCCAGUGCUUGCUGAAGAUGCUAUCCGAGCUGCCCUUGCAGAUUACAGAUUGAAGCAGGACAAGGAGCAGUCUGCAGCCAGUGGUUAG